AUGACUUCAUCAACAGCAACACCGACGACAUCCCAAUCUGUCAUAAGAAACAUUGGGGCUAAUUCUAAUGUGACUGAUCUUUUAGAGAAAAUUGCCUCACUCAUCGAUACAUGCGAAUUUCAGUCGGCACACACAUUAUGUACAAGAGCGUUGAGCAUUGAGCCAGAGAAUACCCAAUUGUUGGAGACAACAGGCACCAUAGAGUUAGAAUUGGAAAUGUAUGAGCAGGCGAAAGAGCACUUUGCAAAAGCAAUAUCAAUAUCCCCAACCAAAGGCUAUUCGAAAUAUAUGUACAUGGGACAAAUGAGUGAAGGCCUUGAUUCUGUGAGAUAUUUUCAAAAAGGCGUAGAUUUGAUGAGUAAUGAAUUAAUCCAAGUAGAAGGCAACUUGGAUGAAGCAAAGACGCUACGUCGGAAAAUUUCAAGUGCCUUAUGUUCCAUGACGGAAAUAUAUUUGACUGAUUGUUGUUUUGAACCAGAUGCUGAAAUGAAGUGUGAUCUAUAUUUAAAUCAAGCAUUAGAUGUUGAUAAUGAAAGUCCCGAAGUGUAUCAGUUAUUGGCAUCU